AUGCCUUCCUUAUCAGCAACCUCGAUGCGGCCACAAGAACUCCCAGCUCGCUUUCGUAGCCUCCUCUGCUUUAUUGCCUCUAAAUCGUCUCGCGCUCCCAUUGAGACGAUUGUAUUCUGUCUUAUAAUAGCCUCUUUUUCUUAUGCGUCGUUAUUCAGAUCAUUUGUAGAAUCUGACUACUUCAAUGAUAAAACUCCAACACUCGAAUCAACUCAAGUCAUUGCGCGUCCCGACUCUGACAAUUUCAUACCACUUGCAACCAGAGAGUCAAUAACUCAAGCAUCAAGAUUACAAUUGAAGCAGAUUAUUAUUGAAGGAACAUCGGGGGAUUAUUACAGCGUCUUAGACAAAAAAAUAUUAGAAAGUGUAUUAGAAUUGCAACACGUACUAGAGAAAGUGAUGGAUGUAAAUGACGGAAUGAAUAAAUUGUAUUACAACGAUGACUUAUGUUAUAAAUCAACACUCGACAAUAAUGGUAGCUGUUUCGUCGCAUCCCCACUUCAAAUAUGGAAUAACAACCAUGGGACAUUAAAUUCAGAUACGAAUAUACUCGAAACUAUUCGAACUCGUAUUGAACUUGGUGAAGCACAGCACUUGUUCAGAGAUCUAAGUUUACAAGAAAACACAAACAAUCCGACUGCGUUAGCACUUACAUACGCAUUCAACACAAACGGUCCAUUCAGAGUACGCUGGGCUAAUAUGUGGGAAGAUAAAGUGGCUACGUUGAAGAUUGGAAGAUUGGCAUCGAUUGGAAAGAAGCAACAGCAGACAGUCGAAAAAGGUUCUGUUGCUUGGUUGGUGAUGUCUUUUGGAAAUAUGGCAUCAAAAAUAAUGGAGGCAAUACAGAACGCGGAGACUGUCGAUAUAAUAGUCGUAUUUGCUGGAUAUUUGUUGAUGCAUAUGACGUUCCUUGGACUCUUCCUAAAUAUGCGCAAGAUCGGUUCUCGUUUUAUACUCGCAAUGUGUGUGCUCUGGAAUGGAUUUUUUGCCUUCUUGGCUGCGAUGUUAACAGUUAAUCUUCUUGGCGUCUAUGUGAAUCCGAUGCUGUUAAGCGAGGCAAUACCUUUCCUUGUAGUAACAGUUGGUUUUGAAAAGCCGUUUGUUCUCACAAAAGCCGUCCUUCAAGCAUCUUCAAACAGUAACCCUCCAAGUUCGCCAAAGGACGUGAAAAGUCACACUACAAUAUCAUACAACGUCCGUGAUAAUGUUCUGGCUGGAGUGAACAAAGUUGGUCUGAACAUCGUCCGAGAUUAUUCGAUCGAAAUAGCAGUCUUGGUGGUCGGAGCUUUAUCGGGAGUGGCUGGAUUACAAGAAUUUUGUUUCUUGGCCUCAUUUAUUUUGUUCUACGAUUGUGUGUUUUUGUUUAGUUUUUACACUGCUAUGUUGACCAUGAAACUUGAGUUGAAACGGAUAAGAGAAUCAAGUCUCAAGCAAAUGGCUGUAGAAGACGAAAGCACUGUCAGUCCAAAAAACAUCCGACAGAAUAUUUUCAAAGCGUUCCGAGACACUACUGUUGAAACUGAAUCAUCGAAAAAAUUAAACAAUCCCAUGAUUGCGAGAAUCAAAUUAUUAAUUAUAGUAGGCUUCGUGAUCAUGCAUGUGAUGAAUCUUGCUAGCACACUGCACACGAACGACACAGUUUCCCUUCCUUCGAAAGCAAUGCCCAAGGUCACCAAAGUCGACAUCAACGACUCCACUAUACACCCAAUUCUCAGUCUUCUCCUUCGGGAGCAUCGUCAAAGUCCUCGUGCCAACCUACCUCUCAUUGUAGACAUUGCUCCGCCAGUGGUAUUUCGCAUUAUUUCGAACAUCGGAAGCCCGAUAUCAGAGCGCGUCUACGAAGCAUUCAACGAAUUGAUGAAUUUCUGGAGUUACUAUGUACAAGAUCCUGUUUUAGCCAAAUGGAUAUGGGUUAUGCUUGGGGCGUCUGUGGUGUUGAACGUAUACCUAUUGAACACACACAAGAUCCAGCCAAACGAAAACUCAAACGCGGGCGAUAUGACAACGGCAACUACAAAGACAGAGAUGAUCAACACAGUGAGCAAAGCGAAGACAGAUAUAGAAAAGAUAGUUGCUAAUGCAGUCACCUCAACUACUAAAUCUUCACAAGAUCUUCAUUCAACUAAAGUAAUUCCCAAGAUUUCGUCAUCACUACAAAAAGAAACAUCAUCUCUUACAACACCUUCCACUCCAGCAAAGGAGCCAUCUCCUUUGAUAAUGAGUUCGGCUGAAGCUCGUACAGACCUUUGCAGUACAGUAUCCUCAUCAUGCAAGACACCUCCGCCUAGCCCCACUCUUUCACCUGUUCAUUCAUCUUCAUCUUCAAUGGUACGCACUCUUUCAGAAUGUCUCGAAGUAUUUGAUAAUUCACCGCUCGGCGCCGCAGCGCUGUCAGAUGAAGAGAUAGUACUGCUAGUUCAGAACGGCAAAUUUAGCAUUCAUUCAUUGGAGAAAACGCUCAAAGACUUUUUGAGAGCAGUCAAGAUCCGCCGAAUGGUAUUAUCACGGAUAUCAUUAACGAAAACGCUAGAAACAUCUGCAUUGCCAAUGAGCCAUUAUGAUUAUACAAAGGUGUAUGGAGCGUGUUGUGAAAGCGUUAUCGGAUAUAUUCCUGUACCGGUUGGAGUUGCUGGUCCACUCAAUAUCGACGGCGAGUUGCUUCAUAUUCCCAUGGCGACGACCGAAGGAUGUCUCGUAGCUUCGACGUCGCGAGGAUGCAAAGCAAUAAAUGCAGGUGGGGGUGCCGUUACAGCUGUGACAAACGACGGAAUGACGCGGGGUCCUUGUGUCGAGUUUGGAAGCUUGGAACGAGCUGCCGAAGCUAGACGAUGGCUAAGUGAAGAGGGAAUGAAUAUAAUAAAGGAGGCCUUUGAUUCUACUUCUCGGUUUGCGAGGUUGCGUAGUUUGAAGAGCGCAUUAGCAGGGAGAUUGCUGUUUAUUAGAUUUGCAACAACUACUGGCGAUGCUAUGGGAAUGAAUAUGAUUUCUAAAGGGUGUGAGAAAGCCCUUUCGGUAAUGUCAGAACAUUUUCCGGAUAUGCGGAUUAUUUCCCUAUCCGGAAAUUUCUGCACUGAUAAGAAACCGGCAGCUAUUAACUGGAUUGAGGGGCGUGGGAAAUCUGUUGUGGCUGAGGCGGUGAUCCCUGGUAAGACGGUGCAGGAAGUAUUGAAGACGUCUGUCAUGGCCUUGAUAGAGUUGAACACGUCAAAGAAUUUAAUUGGAUCCGCGAUGGCAGGAAGCAUUGGUGGGUUCAAUGCGCAUGCAGCCAACAUUCUGACGGCGAUUUACAUUGCCACCGGACAAGAUCCGGCUCAGAACGUUGAAAGUUCAAAUUGUAUAACUUUGAUGAAGGCUGUAAAUGAUGAUCAAGAUCUUCUUAUAACGUGCACGAUGCCGUCGAUCGAAGUGGGAACCGUUGGCGGGGGUACAAUUCUAGCUCCUCAAGGUGCAAUGUUAGACAUGCUGGGAGUGCGCGGGGCACAUCCAACAACGCCAGGUGCCAACUCCCAGAAAUUGGCGAGAGUUAUCUGUGCAGCAGUAAUGGCUGGAGAACUCAGCUUGUGUGCUGCUUUGGCGGCCGGGCAUUUAGUAAAAUCACAUAUGCAACAUAAUAGAUCGCAACAGCAUCCUGUGCAUCAGCACGAUAAGUACCAUCACGUGCAGAUGCCUCACCAGCUACAUUCUAAUCAUCAGAGUGAACAGAAACAAGUUGGAAAGGAUAUAUUAUCAGAAAAAGAAGUGUCAAAUGCAAACCAUUAA